AACGUCCCAUUUGUUGGAGAUCGCGAUCAACAUGAGAAUUCACGUGGACGGUGGCCCUCGGUUCUUCAGCCCAGCUACUAUAAAUCCACAAAGUAACAUGAAUUUCUUCCCUCAUCAGUAUCUUAGAGUAGCACUAGCUGGUUGUUGCUAGUUGGCCUGGUCUUGCAUCUGCCGCUAUACAAAAUGGAUCGCAUCGUGUCCUUGCUUUCAUUAAUGGUGCUCGUCUUCGCCGUAUCACUUAGCCAGGCAGCUUUACCGGCUGAAAUAUAUUGGCGCAGAGUCUUGCCCAAAAGUCCUAUGCCGAGAGUUAUCGUGGAACUCUUACAUGCACAGGGAGGCAACGUGAUGGUCAUCAAUCCUUAUCGCCCUUUAUAUUACUCCGUUUCCACGGCGCUUCAGUUCCCCAGCGACCCAACCCUCUUCUUCCUGGAGAAAGACCUGCAUCCUGGAGCUGGGAUGAAUCCAGGCCUAAGCUUCACCAGGACCCUCUCUGGCGCCGCGUUCAUACCCCGCGCCCAAGCUGACGGAAUACCCUUCUCCUCCGACAAGCUCCUCGAGAUCCUCCACCGCCUGAACGUUCUUCCAAACUCCGAAUUGGCCAAGGAAGUAAAGACAACGCUCAGCGACUGCGAGGAGGCCGCCAUCGAGGGAGAGCACAAGUACUGCGCCACCUCGCUGGAAUCCAUGGUCGACUUCGUUCUAUCCGAGCUUGAGACCGAUGACGUCCGGGCCAUGGCGACCACAGUGCACGGCGACAUGGAGGCGGCGCGAAAGCAACAGUACACGGUUGCGCCAUCGGGGGUGCGGAGAACUCCGGGCACCAAGUUGCUGACGUGCCACCCGGAGCCGUACCCGCACAUCGUGUAUUACUGCCACCUGACUACGGCCACCAAGGCGUUCCUCGUCACGCUGGUAGGGAGAGACGGGACCGCGGUGGAGGCGGUGGCGGCGUGCCACUCCGACACGUCCAACUGGAAGCCGGUGUUCUUCGAGGUGCUCGGAGUGAAGCGUGGAACUCCCAUCUGCCACUUCCUUCCGCAAGAUCACCUCAUCUGGACUCCAGCUCAGUAGGGAGCAGUCCACGUGAUGAUGUCAGAAUAAUUUUUAAAUAUAUACUUUCAUAUAUAUUUUUGUUUUACAAAAUGAAUCAGAUAUAUAGUUAUGAUUAAGCCUAAUAUAAUAUAUUAUCAAUAUAUUUUAUGGUUCAUACUCCAGUCACAACUAUGUUUUAUGAAAAGUAAAAAAGAAAAGAUUCAGUCAUUAUUAUUUUA